GAACUUUAUGGGGCAAUGUGUGUUGCUGGUUGCAUACGUGUAAACGUCAAGUCAAGAAACAUGCUAAAUUGACAAGUGGCACAUAAACAUGACACCAUCCCUUAAAAUAUCACAAAAAGUUAUAGAUAGACUUUCCCAAGAAAAACUCAAUUUUUUUGGAAAACUUUAUGGAAUUGUCGUUAAAAAUAACCUUAUUGUUAUCGAAUUACAAGUAAAUGAGGGUGAAGAAUGCAAUAACUCUUUCAUUAAUUCACUACCAGCUGAAAUUUAUCUCUGCGGAGUAAUUCAAACUGGAGAUGGACUAUACAAUGAGCAGUCAAUUAAGGAAAGCUUAUCCGAAGUAUACGUUACCGACAAUCCUGUUUUUGUUAGUUAUAAAGUAGAAGGUUGCCAGAUUACAGCCAGUUUUUAUAUAAAUGGGCAACUUGAAGUUACAAAGUUCACACCCAUCAGUGAACAGGAAAUUUUAUCACAAUUCCUUUAUACAAGAUUAACCACCAGUGUGCCUUUCACAUCUGAAUUAACAACAAAUAGCAUCAAGGAAAGUUUUACCAAUUUAAGAAAAAAUGUGUCCUCAGGUGUUAUGACCUUUGGAUUUACCCAAAACAAUAUAUAUUUACUGGGAGGUGACACUGAAAAUGGGGUAGUAGGAGUAACGGGAAAUCCUACCAUUGGAGAAAUAUGUGAUGAGUCAAAUGAUCCUGCUGAGGGAGGUACCAGAAAAAAGAGAAGCCAGCAGCUGUAUAAUGUCGAUGUCUUUGAAGUGAAAAUGUUGAAAAGAAUGACGAAUGAAAAUGGGUUGUCUGGUGGAAAAGAACAUGCACCACUUUGUGUUCUAGAUAAGAAACAGUGCAAAACUAUAACAAUUAUGGCAACCAUAGAUGCACUCGCAAUUAUUCACAGACAAACGAAAAUAGCCAAUUUAUACGAGAUAAUAGUCGAAAGUGCGGUAAGAAGUUUAAGACUGCUCGAAAGCGCAGUUCUGGAAGGUUUUGAACGUUUUGAGGAUAAAAUUUCACAACCAGAAAUAUUCCACUUUUAUCCAGAAGACUGUGGACAUUUUGUUACGCAAAUAUAUCUUCAAGGAGAUGACGAAGAAAGUCUGUUACAACAAAGAAAAAAGCUUCAUCAAGAGCUUUCAUUGAGUCAAGAAAAACCUAUUUUCAGAAGAGCCAAUCGCUUUACAUUCAAAAAUAAGCUUCAAGUAGGCGAGCCCCUUAUUAAUCCUCAUUUAGGGCUUAAACCUAGCGACAAUGGUGGAAAGAUUUCUCUCGUUAAAGGAAAAUACACUUACUAUCAUUAUUGCCAAAACAGAAUGGACGACAACGGUUGGGGUUGUGCUUACCGAUCUCUGCAGACCCUCGCGUCUUGGUUCAAGAAUCAAGGAUACACUCACAAGGAUGUGCCUACUUUUAAGGAUAUACAGAAAUGCUUGGUGGAUAUUGGAGACAAACCUUCAAAUUUCAUUGGUUCAAAACAAUGGAUUGGUUCAACUGAAGUUAAUUAUGUUCUAAACACACUUUUAGGAAUAACGUCAAAGAUUUUAUAUGUUAGUUCUGGAGAAGAAAUGGCAAGUAAAGGUCCUGAGUUAGUGAGCCAUUUUGAAAACCAUGGCUCUCCGGUUAUGAUAGGUGGAGGAGUAUUAGCACAUACUAUUUUAGGGGUAGACUAUAAUUCACAGAGCGGCAACUUGAGAUUUUUGAUACUCGACCCGCAUUACACGGGUAGUGAAGAUUUACAUACUAUACAAACUAAGGGAUGGUGUGGAUGGAAAAACGUUGAUUUUUGGGAUAAAACAGCAUAUUAUAAUAUGUGCUUACCUCAGGUCCCUAGAGGCAUUUAAUGGUUAUUUUUUACCCUUGUUACGCUUUUAAGGUAUUUGGAUUUAUUACUAAUAAAAAUAUUUAUAAUA